GCAGGAAUAGCGGUGCACACGCCGGAAGUGCAUGGGGUGUUUUCGCCGUACGCGUUAGAGAGGUCGGUAGGAACGGAGCCGCCUUGGCCUCCUGUGCCUCAGGAUCACAGUUAGCAGCUCGGCAUCCCGACAACAUUUCCAUUCCAGCGGGUGGGCGCCGCACCGGACAGAGGCCCCUCUUCCCCUGGCAGGAGCUCAUUCUGGGCGCCGCCCUGCUUCCUCACUGGGCUGUAUGCGCUGCGUGUAUCUCUCAGCCCCGUUCCUCCUGUCCUCUGUUGGCUCGGCUCUGUUGAAGGGAUUAUCAAUGCUACAGUAUAUGAAGCUUGAAAUGCUGCGUUUUAUUAUUUUAGGUUUCUCAGAGGACAGUUGAAUCAUUUCAGUUCUCCACCAGGGGAAAGGCAUGCAAAACCGCCUGUUGACAUGCUGAUCUAAGAAGAAUGAAGAGAUGGGGCUGAUCUACAGAGAUCAAUACCUAUCACUGAACCAGAUACUGUCGAAGAUUCCCAUUAUACUGUAGUGGCCUUUAAAAAGGAGACAUUUCUUUCUGUUGUUGGAGGUUGUUACCUUCUGGAGCCAUGACUGUUUUCUACAGUUCUUUGUGGAGGAAACUUUGGUGUUUGUCCCCUUAUUGUGGCCAUCUUGGAGUGAUUUUUGCCAGGGGCUGUGUCCUACAUCCCUGCCACAGACUGCUAAGACAAUAUUCCCAUUCUAAGGCAGGCUUGGUGACGGCUGCUGAACUGGUCAGCUACUGGCAAGAUGUGUUUGAGGCCAAUGAGAUCCCUGAAGCACGGGCUUCUUCUGAAUAUAUUGUUUCUUAUGUCCUGGGAGCAAAAACAUUCCAGAGCUUAAAUGCUGGCAACAUUUCUCCUUACUUCUCAGUACAGCAACAGGAACAGGUUGAGCAGCUGUGUGCAAAACGCCUACAAAGAAUGCCAGUGCAGUAUGUUCUCGGAGAGUGGGAUUUCCAGGAUCUGACACUCAAGAUGAAACCUCCGGUCUUCAUUCCUCGACGAGAGACUGAGGAACUGGUCACUCUUGUUGUGGAUGAAGAAUGCAGGAAGAGGUUGCCCUCAAGCGACUGCAAAGAGCCCAGGCUGCCCCCAGAGACCCAUGGACCUGUGAUCCUGGAAGUCGGCUGUGGCUCAGGGGCAAUUGCACUCAGUCUUCUGAAAAAACUCCCUCAUAGUAAGGUCAUUGCUAUUGAUAAAUUGGAAGCUGCUGUGAACCUCACCAAAGAAAAUGCAGAAAGAUUAAAUCUGCAGGAGAGGGUCAGCGUCCUUCAUCAUGAGGUCUCUUCAAGUUCUUGGAAAUACCUACUGCCCUGGGGUUUAGUAGACACUAUAAUCAGUAAUCCGCCUUAUGUUUUCCAUGAAGACAUGACUCACUUGGCAACAGAAAUCCACAGCUAUGAAGACCUUGGUGCCUUGGAUGGAGGGAGUGAUGGGAUGAACAUCAUCAGAGAGAUUUUACAUCUGGCUUGUUAUCUUCUCAAGGACUAUGGGAGUGUUUUUCUGGAAGUUGAGCCCAGACACCCAGAGAUGGUGAAGAACUGGCUGCGUGGUCACCCUGACCUGUCUCUUGUUGUCUGUGGCACACACAAGGACUUUUGCGGAAAACUAAGAUUCCUGCAUAUUCAGAAGCAUGGGCGGUAAAGACCACAGAAGAUCAUGACUAUUUCUGACUUCCCAUCAUUGUUGUCUUUUAGUGUCACUGACCCAGUGAAGAAUAUGUCUUCUACAAUCAGAGAAAAUUCUGUUAGCAAAAUCUUGGCAGUCAGCUUGGUUGUCCAGUGGGAAAAGAGAAUAUGAGUAAUUUAUAUCUAUUCAUAAAAUUACUGUACUUCUUACAAAUUGCUGUGGACUGGUUGCAUAGACUUUGAUCUGAUGUUUCAGAAAAACUGGACUCCUUUUAAUGUAUUUACUGGAAUAGAUGCAAAUUUACUGAAUUAUUAGAAUGGGCAACUUGUUACCCAUGGCCUGCAAAUCCCAUCAGCCCUAGCUGCCAUAACUGUUGUGGAGGAAUGAUGGAAAGUGUCAUCCAACAAAAUCAAAUGGAUGAGAAGGAGUUGCACCAGCUUGAGAAGUUUCAAAUAUGAAAUCAAUGCAGUGGAUUGAAUUGUAUAUGGUAUUUGAAUACAAUAUAUAUUGUACAUCCUGCAAUGUGUUAGAAGUGUUGUAACAGAUACUAUCUAUAAUGGCUUGUGUCGGAAGGUAGAGGGAAAAAAUAAAAGAAAACAUAAACCAAAAGGUGUUCUACACAAUGCAGGAUUGUUAAAAUAUUAUCAAUUGAUGGAUGACUUCAUUAAAAAAAACUUUAAAGAAACUUAGUGCUGUAAAAGAAACCCGAGUUUCUGCCCCAUUUUCUAAUGCCUGAACUAGUGGCUGCGAAGGAUGGAUUCUGAGACAGGCAGUGCUUGUGUGAGGAUCACGUGCUAUCUUGCCUCAUGCUGGUAGACAUGGCAUCCAUGUGAUCAGAAUGCUUUGCCUGUAAUGGAACAUUCCAACUGAAACACUGUCAACCACUGUAAACCUUGUAACAUUCAACACAACUUUGCAUCAAACUUUUGACAGGAAGUUUUCAUAAAUGUAAAUUUUUAGUUACAGCUGCUACUUUCUUCUAGUGCACAGCUUAUAUAUGAUGGCUAAAGAAAACUGAAAAAGGUCUAUUCCUUUGCUUUUUGUCUCUUCAUAUGGGUGCUAUCAGAAGUUCAGUGGAAGGCCAACUUUGCAGAAUAGAAUGGAUAAAGUUAAACUUUGGGAUUUGAGCAGUGUGUAUGCCUCAAAUUCACUUGAAAUGUGACAGAAGCUGUUGGUGCCUGGUGUUACCACGUGGAGCAACAAGAUUAUUGUGCCAGAUCCAUGCAAGCCAGCAAGUUCAUUUACAAGAUGUUAAUCUCCAUUAAAAUUGAUUGUGAUUUAUA